AUGUUUCCUCCACCGUCUCACCUUACAUGUGUCUCAUCUUCUCCACCGUUCGUCCAAACCACCGCUACUCCUUCUCAGAGGAUUAGGAUUAGGGUCAACACGAUGAAGCUUUCAGACGUUCAGGGGCUCCUCUUUUCCCUUCUCGGCUUCGACUUCCCAUCGAUCCGUAAGCAUCGAUUUACGGAUUAUUGUUCCAGAGAGCCGUUUUCCAAGCUACUUCUACGCUUCUUGCGCUUAAUUUGCGCAUGUGUGGUUGGAUGUGAGGAUGGACGAGGAUGGAAAGAUGACGUUCUUACUGACAGGAACCAAACACCAAUGACCUUGAUGAUUUCCGCUGAAGGAAUGAACCGGAUGCAACUUGUGAAAUCCCCAAUUUCACGGCUGUUGGGUCUGGGAUUACACUGGGCGUAA